AGCAGCUUUGUGCCGGAAAAUAACUGCUGAAGUGAAAGAUUCUCCCGCAACAGCCAACUGAAAUUAAGAUGUGUUUUGCUGUGGCAGUUGCAUUAUUUUGCACCGUCUUUACAACCAUUUUGGCCGCGAACAAUACAGGACUGCCACACAAUCCUUUUACCACGCCAUCCUCUCGGCGCCAUUCUUCAACGAGCGGAAUAACCCACAUGUCUCCUGACCGCGAGGAGCUGACCCUAUUUCGAGACUUGUUCGAUGGAUACGACAAGCGGUUACGGCCAGCACUGAGAAAAGAAGACAAUGUUACUGUGACACUGGGUAUAUCUGUGCAUCAACUUAUCGACAUUGACGAGAGAAAUGAGCUGAUGCGACUUAGCGUGUGGGUGAGGCAGAAAUGGGUUAAUCCUUUCCUGCGGUGGAAUGUGACACAGUACGGAGGAAUAAAGACUAUCAACGUGAACCCAACAGAAGUUUGGAAACCUGACUUAGUCCUUUAAAACAAUGUUGAUGACAGCACAGAUGGCUCUCUGGCGAGAUUUAAAUCGCAGAUUAAGGUUUCUAGUGACGGCACCAAUCUUUGGUUGUCUCCAGUAAUUCUUAUAAGCUCCUGCAAGAUCUACGUUAAGUACUUCCCUUUCGAUGAGCAGCACUGUAAGUUGAAGUUCGGCUCAUGGACCUACGAUGGCUUUCAACUGGAUUUAAGGCCUGAAGCGGAUAAAGGCGUUUCUGACAAGUUUGUGAGUAACGGAGAGUGGGAUCUGGUUGCUGUUCCCUGCAAAAGAAAUAUCGUCAAAUACGUUUGUUGUCCAGAGCCAUACCCAGAUGUAACUUAUGAAGUGCAGAUCCGAAGAAGAACGCUGUUCUUUUUCUUCAACAUGAUUAUUCCUUGUCUGGUUAUUGUAGGUCUGACAAUCUUGUCCUUCUACCUACCACCUGACUCUGGUGAACGCAUCUCCCUGGUCAUCACUAAUCUUCUUGCCAUGACAGUGUUCAUGUUGUUGGUGGCUGAGAUCAUUCCCCCAACAUCAGAUGCCGUAUCAAUCAUCUCCACCUUUUAUUCCUGCUGUAUUUUUGAGGUUGGAAUUGCUCUUAUUGGGACAUGCGUGGUUCUCAAGUAUCAUUUUUCAAAUCCUUCUAUUCACAAGAUGCCAAAUUGGCUUCGCUUUGUGGUCCUCCACUGCUUGGGGAAGCUUUUUCACAAGAAACUACGCGAUAACAACUCAGAAAACCCACUAGAAACAGGUGCCCCAUUCGAAAAACGUAAACUUAUGAGGUCAGACAAUGGAUACAUCGAGGCGUUUUCACCACGAAACGAGGCCCUGAAUCAAAGAUUUGGUUUGCUCGAGAGAAGACUCUCUGGUUUGGCGAGCGGAAAGUGGACCACUGAAGGAAUGACGUCUUCAGACGACAGAGAACAUAGAAGAUCCUAUGUUGGUAAAGACGUCACAGAAGAGACGCGAUAUGAUGACCAGAACUCUCUGACAAAAGCAAUUUCACAUAAGCAGGGAGUUAUUGCUAGUGCUUUAGAAAAGCUGGUGGAGGCUCAGGAAGCGCAAGAUGAAGAAGGGAAGCAACGCGAGGAGUGGAUGAUGGCUGCGUCAAUCGUGGACACCACAUGCAUGUGGAUUUUUACACUCACUUUGAUAGCGUCGCUAAUUGCCUUGUUUUUUCAAAUUCCAAAAUAUGAUUAAGUCACGAAAGGAGGUCGUUAGUAGAUUUGAUAUUCUUGACUGCGUUGCCUUGUAUGACAACAUAUGACUAUUUCACGAGCAUUGAUUGAGGCUGGUAAAAUUUGACCUCCUUUCGUUAUUGACUCGGUGACAGGCUCUGCAGGGUUAUCGAGAAAUUGACGUUCAUAAUUGUUGAGAAUUGAAAGAUAAUUUGUCCGUAACAACUCUUUGCCGAACCUUUGCAUUUAUUACGACAAGAUUGUUGACGCUUUGAUCUUUCUAGCCCCCCUAUUACUUCAAUUGUAUCUCUUUUGCCCUCUUUAAGUUAAGCAUUUCUGCCCCUUCCCCUCCCCCCCCCAAAAAAAUUGUUGUAUCGUGAUGCCAUUAACGUUUAACCUACAUGGAAUGGGGAGGAAGGGUCUUAAAUGAUUUAGAGCGUGAUAAAGACAGGACUGUUAUUCUUUACAUAAAUAGACCUCUUCAAUCAUGAUGGGUCAACUAAUUUUGACGCUGAUUCAGUAGAUGUUAGACUUUGCUGUUCUGUCAAAAUAGCAUGCUGAUGAAAAGGCAGGGUUUAAAGUGAUUCAACUAAGCUUUUAAAACAGACUGAAAUUCUACCCGUGCGUUUUUCUGAGACAACACUGUCACUCAAUUUCCGUACGGUGCCCUCCUUAAAAAAAACACUGGAAUUUUGCAUCCUUCACUGACAUUUCGUGUAGUAUAGAUAUUUUACGCUGUAAAUAAUAGCUCGCAAUAUAAUCGGGUCUCGAUUUACUUUU